AUGGAAGUUCCCAAGAACCCUGUGACUAUAGAAUUCCAUUAUGGAGGAAAUUUUAUGUGGAAACCUAUGAUCAAGUAUGUUGGAGGAAUGGUGGAGUUUUUAGAAAUUGAAGAUAGAGCCACACUGUCUUAUAUGUACUUUGAGCAGUUGUAUCACUCUCAGUUGGGAAUCAAUGAGGGAUGUUUGAUCUACUAUAGAGUGGCUGGUGAAACUUUAGAUAGAGGUUUGAAAAAAUUAAAGGGGGAUGAGGAUGUAAUUCAGAUGGUUACAGCUUAUGAAGGCCUAGAUGUCAUUUGCAUGUAUGCAGAAAAUGUUGAAGAAGAAGAUGGGAGAAAUAUUGAUCCAGAAGAUGAAGAUAUUGAUAAAGCUAUUAAUGAAGUGUUUGCAGAGAUGUUUCCAGAAGCUAAUGAACAAGAAACAAACCAUCAAGAAGAACAACAAGAAGAAAAUCAGCAAGAAGAAGAAGAUGAUGAUAAGGCAAGUAAGGGUCUUGGUGUGCAAGUGGAAGAAUGGUGGUCUGAUUGUGGAGAUCCUAUGGAAGCUGAAGACAUCUUGAAUAGUGAUGCUGAAGGUGAACAGUAUGAGGAAUUCAAUGAGGCUACUGGCAUGAAGAAUCCUGUUUUGUCUGUAGGGUUGAAGUUCUCCACACCACAACUUUUUAGAAAAGCUAUGGUCAGAUGGAAUGUACUCAGAGGUCAUGCUAUCACCUACAUAAAGAAUGAGAACAAAAAAAUAACUGCCAAGUGCAAGCAAGACUGUGGCUGGAGGAUUCAUGCAUCACCUAUUGGCAAUACAUCAACAUUUCAGAUCAAGUCAUUCAUAUCAGAGCACAAGUGUGGAAGAGUACAUGAAAAUGGACAUGUAAAUUCCAGAUUCUUAGCUGAAGAAUAUCUUGAUGAUUUGAGAGACAACCAUGAAAUAAAAGUGAAGUCCAUGAAGAGAAAGGUAAGGAAAGACCUUAAUGUUGAUAUCAGUAGGUGGCAAGUCUAUAGAGCCAAGCAUAAAGUAAAGAAGCUUGUGGAGGGAGACAUAGAGAAGCAAUAUGCACUGCUGAGAGACUACUGUGCGACAGUGCUACACCACAAUCCUGGGAGUUGUUUCAAGAUUCAAACUGCAGAAGCAAAUAACAGAGGAACUCAACCUAGGUUCUUAAGGCUGUAUGCUAGGUUGGCUGCACAAAAAAGUGGGUAUUUAGCAGCAUGUAGACCUAUAGUGGGGUUAGAUGGAUGUUUCCUCAAAGGAUCAGUGGGUGGUCAGCUUUUGAGUGCUGUUUGCAGAGAUGGGAAUGACAAUCUCUUCCCACUUGCAAUUGCUGUUGUAGAAUCCGAGUGCAAGCAGACUUGGUCAUGGUUUCUGCUCCAAUUACUCAAUGAUAUGGGAAGUGUUCAAGAAAGAGGGUGGGUGUUUAUUUCUGACAGACAAAAAGGUCUAGUUGAGACCAUAAAUGAACUCAUGCCAGGUGUGGAGCACAGAUACUGCAUCAGACACAUGUAUGCCAAUUUCAAAAUGAAGUAUAAAGGCAAAGAAUUGAAGGAUCUAUUCUGGAAAGCAGCAUCUACUGCAAACAAGAAUGAAUGGCAGUACUACAUGAAUGAAAUAAAAAAGGCUGAUCCACCAACUGUUGCUGAGAAUGGAGAGGAAGGUCCUUGUGCAUUCAAGUGGUUAAUGAAUGCUAUUCCUCAAAACUGGGCCAGGUCACAUUUCAGUCCAAGAGCUAAGUGUGAUAUACUUGUGAACAAUAUGAAUGAAAGCUGGAAUAACUACAUCAUAGAUGCCAGAGAUAUGCACGUCAUUUCUAUGCUGGAAUGGAUUAGAAAAGCUCUAAUGAUAAGGUUUCAAGUAAAAAGAAAUGGUAUGCUGAAGCAUGUGGGAAAGCUUGGUCCUAAUAUCUUCAAGAAAUUGGAGAAAAUCAAAGAAGCCAGUGCUAAUUGCUUUCCUACUUGGUCUGGGGGGAUGCUAUAUGAAGUAGAGUGCCAUGAGGGGCCUCAUGUUAGACAAUGCUCAGUUAAUCUUGAAGCAAGAAGUUGCACCUGUAGGAUGUGGGAUGUGAGUGGACUGCCAUGUAAGCAUGCAGUCAGUGCAAUAUAUAUGAACAAGCAUCAGCCAGAGGACUAUGUGCAUCCAUGCUAUACUAGGGAAGCUUAUUUGGCCACCUACAACUUUCAAAUAUGUCCAGUGCCAGGAGAACAUGAUUAUGUCAUGACUGGAUUGCCACAACUUCUGCCUCCAAUUAUUAAGAAACAACCAGGAAGACCAAAAAAGAAAAGAAACAAAACAGCUGAUGAACAAGGCAGCAGAAAUCCUUCUAAGGUUUCAAGAAAGAAAUUGGCAGUGACAUGUGCCAAGUGCCUCCAAACUGGACAUAAUAAAAGAGGAUGCAAGGGACAAAUGCAUCCUAAUUCUAAGUUGUUGAAGGCAAAAAAUCCCCAACCUCCCAGAGUUAAGAGGGCAUCAGUUCCUAUUGAAGUACCUGCAAACAGUGAAGGCAUUUCUCAACCUGUUCCCUUUGAGAAUUCAUUUGCACAAAGUCCUGCAAUUCAAGUACCUGCAGCACUGCAUUCAAGUCUCUCCUCCCAACCACCUUUAUCACAGUCCACUUUUGAGAAUUUAUUUUCCCAAACUACCUCUUCUCAACCAACAUUACUGCAUGGGCCUAAUGGAGCAUUGUUCCAGAGAUCAAAAACAGCUCCAGUUGGUAGUAAAAAGCAGGGAAAAAGGCAAGUGAAAGUUGGCUCAGUGGAUCUUUUGUUGUCUGUUGAACAAUGA